UUGUUGCAGCAGAUUGGCCCUCUAAAAGUCUAAGGUUUUGCACCACAAAAGAUGUCAAACCUUUAAUCUACAGUGUAUUGUAGAUUCCCCCCCAAAUUAAUGGAUAAACUACGUUUGGCUUACGUUGUUUAACACAUUUUUUCUAUCCACCUGCAGCAUGCUCUGUCCUAGAACAAUAUAUAAUUGAUGGAUCAGAGUCAAACUACUUUUGACAGCAUUAAUUAUACCAAAAAAAACCAGAGAGACCAUGAUCAGAUCAAUAAACGAAUCAAAGGCACUACCAAAUGAACAAAAAUUUCCGAUUCUAAAGCAUUUUCUCGAGAUAAUUUUCCCCAGAAAAAAGAAGAAGGGAGAAGAAGAUGGAUAGUGAGAUCAAAAACUUCAUAAAGGUAUGGAUAGUAUCAAUUGCAUCCAUUUGUUACUGUUAUUUCCUAGUCAAACACAUCCCAAAAGGCUUAAUCAGGCUCAUCUCCCUCUUGCCCAUCUUCUACCUAUUCAUAAUCCUCCCCUUGGAACUCCAUUCCUUGCACCUUGGUGGACCCACAACCUUCUACCUUGUUUGGCUUGCCAUUUUCAAGCUCCUCCUCUUCUCCUUUGACCAGGGACCCUUAUCAGAUUCAUUGACAAACCCAUCAAAUUCCCUCCUGCAUUUCAUCUACAUUGCACUAUUACCCAUCAAGAUCAAACAAGAUCCACAUCCAAAAUCACCCUCAAAUGCAAAAUCCAAUCAGGACCCAUCUUCAAAUAGUGCUAGAAAUGGGCAGAGAUCAGCUUUUCUGCCUAUAAAGGUGUUGCUUUUGGCCAUGUUGUUUCGUACAGACAACUAUAGGCAAUAUUUGCACCCUUACAUCAUAUGGGGUUUAUAUUGUUGCAAUAUGUAUUUGGUUGUGGAGGUUAUACUAGCCAUGGGUGCAAUCCUGGCUCGAACCAUUCUGGGCAUUGAGCUCGAGCCGCAGUUCAACGAGCCCUACUUGGCUACAUCGUUACAAGACUUUUGGGGCCGUAGGUGGAACCUCAUGGUUACGGGUAUUCUACGGCCCACGGUGUAUGGCCCGGUCCAGGGUAUGUCAACACGCUUGUUGGGCCGGAGUUGGGCUCCUCUACCCGCCGUGGUGGCCACUUUCUUGGUUUCGGGUCUCAUGCAUGAGUUAAUAUACUUUUACUUGACACGUGUCAGUCCCACGUGGGAGGUAACGUGGUUCUUUGUCCUACAAGGAGUGUGCACGGCGGCAGAGGUGGCGGCAAAGAAGGCGGUGGCCGGCCGAUGGCGGUUGCCUUGGGUGGUUUCAGGGCCGAUAACGUUGGCGUUUGUUGCGGUGACUGGUGUUUGGUUGUUCUUCCCACAGAUCACAAGAAAUGGGGUGGACCAAAAGGCCAUUGGAGAGUCUCAAAUUUUGUUUAAUUUUUUCAUGGCCAGCGUCCAGAGGACCAUUUCACUUGUUAGGGGCUUGUUUUAGAAAUUUCAGAAUCCUUCGGUGGAACGAGACUCAAUGCAGUUAGACCAAAAAUAGCAGCAACACUUCCAGGAAAUUGCAGCUGAUGUUUGGCUCAAGGAACUUUACACUUUAUAAUCCUGCAGAACUCUUCAUGCUUCUUCAC